AUGACAACUACAAGGACUGGCUGCACUUGCUGCGCAAAGAAGAAGUCAGAGAGUGGUAUCAAUUCAGCCAAAAAACGGGUGCACAUGAAGUACUUCUUUGACUCUCAAGUGGGAUUCUUUGAGACUUUGGACGGAAAUGCUAUGAGAGGAGCUUCGGAAGAGCGAGAGGGGAGCCAGAGAGACGGAACACGGCGACGAAAACGGAAUCGAAGCAGAGCAGUCGAAGCAGAAGAGGGAAGGAUUUUUGUACCUCAAACGCCGAAGGCUUUGCUGGGUUGCGUCACGCCACCUGAACUGGGCUCUACGCCUGUCGCAACUCCACAGUUUAUGGUUCCGACUGAGACAGGCUUCCGCCAGCAUAGAGGGCCUACAAUCACCAUUCCAUCUAUGUCCACACCGAGAAGCGCGGACAACCUCUUGGACUUGACGGCAGAAGAUCCAUCAUCAGACGCAAAGGGUGUGAACACCGUCACAGCCGGCUGGCCCGUCCUUUGCACAGCAGCCCAGCAGGGCAACAUGGAAUCUGUGCGACAGCUUCUGGAAGCGAAACCAAUCGGUGCAGAUCCAAAUAUUCCAAAUUGCUUGGGUGCGCAUCCUUUGUUCUAUGCACUUUGCCACUGGAGAAUCCGGAUGUUUCGCCUUUUGGUGAAACAUGGAGCAGACAUCGGCAGGGCGAGGAGCGAGAAGAAGGAGUCCCUGAAGGACUAUGCGGAAAGGAAAGUGAAGCAGGCAGCUCAACUGAAGCGCUUUGGGGCGGCGUACUUUGCGUCGCCUUCACGACUGGAGCUGUUGCAGGCAGUUGGUGCGCGAGGAGCAGCAAGAGCUGCUAGGAAAGCAGCUGCGGCGGCAGAGUCAUCCCGUGCCAAGCGCCGAAGAGUGAACGGCGGUGGAUCGAUAUCAGUGCCUUCUCGCAUGUCUGCAUGCCUGGAUCCAUAUGGAGGCAGUGGAUCCAUUGACCUAACCGCUGAUGGGGAUGCGGAGCAACUGCUGCAAGCUGGAACACUUCGAGCAGAGGCUGAUGAAGGUAUGGACGGAGUCGAGGGAGACAGCACCAAGGAAGCCAUCGAAGAAGGAGAUGCUCCCGAAAUGGAAGACAAUGAACUUGCAGCUCUGUUGGGUGAAGCUCUGCGUGAGGAUGAUGAGGAGCAUGUCGAUUCUGCAGCGGAUGCCCUUGGCCAAUACCCCGAGCAAGAUGGGAGCAAAGGGGUCGAAGAGCCUGAGCCACUCCCAACUGAGACUCCAACAUGA